AUGUCUGCUCUGAGAAGGUCAAUCGCCAACGCCAACAAUGAUGUUAUUAAUACGCAGUACUACACGCAAAAGUUGAAUGAGUACGAGUGGCCUCCAGAUUCUGGAUACAAAUUCGUGCUCACUGAGCAACUGCUCGCCUUUUUGGACUUUUCGGGGAAUUUCAAGCGCAAGUAUCCCACAGUGCAGACUAGGAAGCUGGACCAAAUGGAGAUCAAGCAUCUCUUCGCGCUCGAGUAUCUGAACGAGGCGCAGUACUCGAUCGGAGUUUCGGCUAUGCUCAUGGGUGACGCGCUCGACUUGAUGAAGGACGAGUUCCCGAGCAAACAUGAAGAGUACAUCCGAUACAAAAUGAAAGACCAGCACAAAACAAUGAUCGUGGAGAUCCCGGCGGAGGAAAUGCCGGCCCAGCUAAAAGGCGACGAAAUCGGUCGCUUCCUUCAACAAAAUGCUCAAUCAAAUGCGAAAGGAAAACUAAAAGACUGGCAGACAAGAAAGUCACCUUAUCCCGUCCCGGUUCUCUCUGGACAGUAUCACAACGACUUCAAGACCUACUCGCCGCAGCAACUGCGUAAGCUUCCCCUCAGCUCCUGCCUCGAAGUCUUGCCAGUUGAAGGAAAUGAAUUGGCACUGACAGUUUUUGACGACGAUGAGCUGAGAGUGGACCCGAUGGAGGAGCUCGUCUCAGAGGACGAGAGCGAGAUAGCCGCAAAAGAAGAAGAAACAGAGGAGGUGAAGGAAGAAGAAGAAAAAGCGGGGACAAUCGAAGAAUCAGAAAACGCAAAGGAGAAUGAUGUCGAGGAACACGAAGAGGACAAGGAGUCGUCUGCAUCAGGUGUCUCUGACGAUGUCUGUUGCACUUGCCGCGAAAAGUACAAUCCAGAAGGCGACAAAUUUGCCCGAUGCACAGUUUGCGAUCGUUCUUCGCACUCGGCCUGCUUGGGUCUCACUGAUGAUCAACAUGAAGUUAUACAGACCUACUCGUGGGCCUGCAUAGAGUGCAAAACGUGUACCGUUUGUGCGCAGAGCAGAAACGAGGAACAAAUAUUGUUUUGCGACCGCUGCGAUAGAGGCUUCCACACUUUUUGCGUCGCUCUUCGACGGCUGCCGAAAGACGAAAUUUGGAUUUGCCGCUUCUGCUUCAAGGACGACCCGGGCUACUCAGAGCGUAAAGGUGGCAAGCGCAUGAGAGAGCGUCGCAAAAAGAAGGCGCUCCGCGAAUUCAUGGAUCCUUGA